CGAGGUAAAAUAUACACGGAUGUCGUAGGCAAAAGUUUAUCUCAUAUCGGGAUCAUGUUUACGCUUAUAUUUGCAACACACAAGGUUAGCUAUAAGUAAAAACUAGGAAGAGGAAGACUAAGCGACUUGGAGAUGAAAUAACAUUCUUUGUCAUAAUAUCUAUCAGUCUUAGGCGAAAGCGUUCAGAUAUCAACACCAAAAGGGAAUACACAUUUUUGAGAAAAACAAUAACAACAACAUGUGAUAACAGUUUGUCUAAUGGACAUAUUAGUGUUGUAUUUCAGUAUGAUGGAUUGGAUUGACUGUCGUGAUUCUUAAUGAGUUCAUUUAUCUAAACGCGAUAUCUAUCUUUGAUUAACGUUACGAGCAUAAUCACGUUAAUUAAAAUAAACAAACAGUGCGAGGAAACAUAUAGUUUUAGUUGUUUUUUUUCAGUCAAUCGUUUUAUUUACGGCGUACAGGUAUUCAAUCAGUAACCAAGUGAUAAAGUAAAAGUAGGAAAUGCUUCUUAUGCAAAACUAUCACACAUUCUGUGCGAAUCGUAAACUUAAACAAUAAUUUCAUACCGUAAGGCAAAAUAUAUCCUUAUGAUAAAACUCACUCUUAUGCAAUUUGCGUAUGUUUAAGACAUGGAAAAGCUAUUAGAAGAUCAAGUAAAAUUAUAUAGAAAAACAACAUCGUAAAAUAAUUGUUUAAAGAUACUUUUAUGUAAAUCAGUCUCAAUGGCAUACGGUGGGUCAAACACGAAACUAGAUACAUUAAAUGAUAUUCAAAAAACGCUAGAGGACGCUACAGAUAAACUAAUAACUAACAGUGCCGAAAGUACAAGGUUUUACAGAGAAACCAAGCAGCAAAUUAGUCGUUUACCAGACAUUAAGAAGGAAUAUAUUGUUUUCAAAACAGAGAUGAUCAUCGAUGCAGCAUGUGAGCUACGCAAAUCUGUGGACAGCGUUGAGAAACAGGCUGUGGAUAUACAAAUGUUGGCGCUAAAAGAGCUUGCCGAUGUGCCGAAAAGAGAACACACGGGACGAAAAUUUAUUGACAGAGACAGUGGUCUGGGUCUGUCCGUCGAUUCGACAGUUUUAUUGGCUUCCACAUCUUCCUUUAUUGCCCAUCCAUCGGAUGACAUGACGGAUAGCGUGGACUUCAUUACGAUGGACCCAAUAACACUGGACAAAUAAUAAGCUUCCUUCAAAAGGCAAUAUACUUUGUAUUGUCUCAUCAUGUCGAAGGCUUUCGAUGCAAUCAAGCUGAGUAGAAAUAUGUUUUAGAUUAACAGAAAGAAUUAAGUUCAAGUCAAAAUGAAUAAUGUACCAAGUACUUAAAUACGAUAUAAACGCGUUUAAUUACAGUCAUGACUAUGACUUUUUCCGAUUAGUCAAUUAACAAUGCCCAAGUCUUUACUACAAAUCGGCUUUUUAAACGUGUGACACCGAUAUGAAUUCAAAGUUCCAAGCAUUGACCGUUCCAUUGACCCCAGAUUUAUUCUAUAUGUGUGUAUGUUGUUUCAAAGUGUGCCGUACUGUUUUGCAAUUGGUUACUUGCCAUAAAUAAAGGACCGCGAACGUGUGUUUAAUAGGAAUGAAAUACUGCUGGAGCAACAAGAGCUUCACUUCUUUAAAUUAUAUUCAUAUAAACGUGUACUAUCGUGUUUGCAUCUCUUUUGGAAAACGAUAACUAUUUGACAUGCGCAUUUCUGUCAAUAACGGAUCAGUACACAUCUGUAGCGUGAUAUUUUACGAUAUAUUUGUUUGUUCCUUAGCAAUAUGUGUUUUUUAUUCUUAAUAUGUACCUGUGUGAAUUGUUUCUGUUUACUUCCAAACUUUGCAUCCUAUUUAUCACAUAUAACAAUCACUUGCAAUAAAUUAUGUUCACAUUUGUUUCUCACGCGGACACAUACAUGUUUGAAGGGCUUAUGCUCGAAUUCUGAAUCAAUACUUUUGCAUUAUUUGACACAGUUAACCGAUUUUUACCGCCAAACACAUCAUACCUAAGAGCUGAAAUUAUAACUUCGUAGUCAGCUUUCAUAUAUUUUUCAUAUUUAUGAAGGUAGUAAAAAUAAAUAUUGAACACGGUCUAAUAAAACCAAAUUUGCUAAAGUUGUUUUUCUUACUGUGCAUGAGUAAUGAUAGUGAUAUCAUGUAUGUAUUCAUUUAAAAUAUUUGUUUGAAAAGAAUCUUCAACACACACAUCUCUUAAAUGGGAAAAUUAAAUGGAUUAUAUUAUAUGUUUUCAUCUAGUCGUUAUCACAUGAACAAAUGUACAAUAAGAAAUGUAACUACUUAACAUAUUAAGCACAUACCACCAUUUGAUCAAAUUAUAUAAGCAUUUAAAUAUAUUCACUCUAGCCAUUCGUAUUAUUUUAGUGUAAUAAACGACUUGUAUUACACAAACGUUUAGCCCAAAUAUCAGUUAUUUGCACACGCCGCUAUGACCAUGUAUUCAUAAAACUGACUUGUUCACAGAUUUGGGCAUUUUUUGAAGUGUGUCCUUAUAUGGCUUAACUUAUUAGAUUUUAACAUUUGGGGAGUUGAUCUCCAUUCUAAUAACAGCAGUUAGAGAAAUACACGAAGGUGUAUUCCCAUCGCGGCUGUAAUAAUUGUUCUUUGGACUUAAAUUCUAUUUGAGCAUGAUAUGCGUUUGUUGCUCCAAAUAACUGAUCCACGUGUUGUAGCGAAAUGUAACAAAAACGUCAGAAAUAUUAUAAAAUACGAAAUUGUUUAGCGUGUGUGACGCUGAAUUUGUCAAUUUCAAAAGAUGAUAUAUUAAACACGUAACUAUUUUGUUCAUUUUGAGUCUACAUCAUAAGUGUUAUGCGUUAUCCGCUAAUAAACGGCAUAUGAUUGUUUUA